AUGCCGCCGCAUUCUCGAACGUUUCGAGAACGACGAGAUCUGUAUCUCAAAAACCUCGAAAAACAGGUUCUCCGACUUCAAAAGUCAGAAUCAGACUUGCAGACUCAAGUUGGUCGUCUUCAGCGUGAACUUGCCGAAGCGACCAAUCGACUGGCCGUGAUCGAUAGCAAGAGGAACGGAAUUGCGCAGUAUCCUAGCCAGAACAACUUUCGAGCAGACCGGAACGACAGCAACAGCAAUAACUGGGAAGAAGAGAGCAACACCUACGUCGCCAGCAACGACUUUAUAUCACCCUCGCAAUCGUCCCAGUCUCAGCCCCCAUAUGGCAGUGUCAGCAGCGGGAGUGACAGUGGCAGUGCAGUCGUGUGGGUUGAAAGCCAGGACGACAAACCCUGGCAGAUGCACGUCCAGUCGAAGUCAAACCAUCAUCAACCACAGUCGCAAUGGCCGUUGAGUCCAGUCAGCUUGCAGAGCGAGAAUACGAACAACACACAAUCCCCCCAGGAUUGGUAUCCACGUCAACAGUUCACAGGUGAACGACAAGCAGAUGGACAAGUUCAAUAUGACUCUUCACAGCUUCCCACGAACUCGAUUCUCCACCUUGGUUCAGAAUACGUGUCACAGCUCGACCUUGUCGUCGUUGGGAUGGAAUUUGUGUUAAAACUCGAAAGACCAUGCCUCCCGCACAUUCACCAGCCAGACGAGAAUGGCAUUCAGACCAUUCCAGCCGGCCAUGUCCAUACAGCUACCGCCGCGUUAUUGUGCAGCGAUGCCGUCGCCCCUACACAAGACAUCUGUUCUCAUUCGUGGAACGCUCCCAAAGAAAUCCUUCGUCGUCUGUUGGAGGCGUCGAGUGCUCUGCCCGUCGAGGAAAGCUUCGAGGUCACGCCGAUCCAAGUGUGGCAUAUGAUCACUUCAUGCCGGGGAUUUGCAUCGAUGAAAGUCGAGAAGUUGGUGCUGCUUUCGGAUCGGCUACUGGCACAAAUAAAGUGUUAUGGUUUUGGUGCUGUCCUGAGACAAGAUCAUAUCGCGAAGAUGCUCGUAUAUAUUUGA